GGGUUUCCUUCAUUGAACAAGAUGGUUUCCGAUUCUAUUUGCGCCGCCGCCAAACUGUAAUAUAUAGAGACGGAUCCCAGCUAUUGGCGGCAUGGCUGACCCGAAUCCAAAUAAUCCGAUCGUUUUCUUCGAUAUCCAAAUAGGAGGUGCUGAUUCAGGAAGAAUCACCUUUGAACUGUUUGCAGAUACAGUUCCCAGAACUGCUGAGAAUUUCAGGCAGUUCUGCACUGGAGAACACAGGAGAGAUGGUGUUCCUAUUGGCUACAAGAAUACCACUUUUCACAGAGUCAUUAAAGACUUCAUGAUUCAAGGUGGAGAUUUUGUGAAGGGAGAUGGCACUGGCUUGAUGAGCAUCUACGGAGGGGCAUAUGCGGAUGAGAAUUUCAAACUUAGGCAUGAAUCAGCUGGUAUACUUAGUAUGGCCAACAGUGGUAAAGAUACUAAUGGAUGCCAGUUUUUCAUCACGUGUGCAAAGUGUGACUUUCUGGAUGGAAAACAUGUUGUGUUUGGAAAGAUUGUUGAUGGACAUUUGGUGAUGAGGAAGAUAGAGAAUGUGCCGACAGGACCAAACAACAAGCCCAAGCUGCCGAUUACCGUGUCACAGUGUGGGGGAAAUGUGAUAUCGCAUUAAUCAUGGGAAAGAAUCACUUCAUUUCAUUCAUUGGACAGAAAACAAUUGUCAGCUCGUACAAUAAUUCUACGCAGGUAGCUUGUGUGGAGAUUCUUCCAUUACAUGAUUGACCCAGUCAUCUAAAGUGUCUUGUGGAGUUGCCUCCCUUUGACAUGCCAGGAACCUAAGGAUAUUGUUCCACCAAAGCAGUAAAUAUCUGCGACACCUUCAUAUUUCCUCCUCACUGCAAGCUGCCAUGCCAUGCCACCUGAAAUACUGUUCCAAGUGGUGUAAGCAGCCCCCUGAGAAAGUGACUUUUAUGAUCAUUAUAUUUCACCAUUGAUAUGUACUUGUUUUGUUUUCGAUGACUUGUAAACUGCCAAUGGUUGAAACACAGAGAUGGAAUUAAAGAAGCUACCAUCAAGGAUUAAAUGAACAUACCGGAGAGCUUGUUUUGAUCGUACCCACAAGAUUAUCAUGGUUACCCACUCCAUGUGUAUAUUCAUCAUUCCUUAUGUCUUCACUGAAUGUCAAAACAUUUAAAAAUAAAUCAAGCCUUAAGGCCCUGUCACACCUUGACGAUUUAGUCAGCGUAUGUCUAUGUAUCUCUCUAAAACACUGGUAUACACUGAACUUUUGAUGUUUUUAUUCAAUGUUGGGUGUAUAUACAGUGUAUUUAUAAUGACUUGGAUGUAUACAUACGGAUUAGUAACUUAUAUAGAACGUUUACUUUGUUGCAGUGGUAUUACACCCUGCUUCACUAGCGGCAAGCGGAGAGUCAUCACUCUGUAGGCAGUUUCUAUCAAAUUAUGCUGGAGAGUAAUAAACUCGCUCUGAUAUACCAUGAGCAUUGAACUUAUACAAAACUUACCCAUAACCUAUUCGAUGUACGCCAGCAUAUUUGCCAAAUGUUUGAUAUGUCAGCAUAAGCUCGCUAAAUCGUCAAGGUGUGACAGGGCUUUUAGUUCAGCCAUUGCCAGGAUUCCUGGACCAUUCUCCUCCUUGAUUGUGCUGAUAAUAAAGUCAGACUCAAGUCAGCAA